CUUUUAUCCUCUGGGCCGAUCACAAUCCCUCACUAUGGAGCCAUGGAAUCUACUCGUACCAUCUCCGAGCUGAAGUCGUCCUUUAUCAGGGCGCAAGUCCGAAUUCUAUCUGAAGGCCUCGAGCCAGCCGAGGACUGGCGAAACUACGCCGCUGAGACCGAAGAGGAUGAUCUCAGUGAUAAGGUGGUCGGUGAUGUCCUACAAAAGUUAAACGCCGCUUUGAAACAACACAGCCGCAUCGUCUAUUCCUCUCAAGCUGUUCAGCAUGUCGCUCAGCAAAUUACCAGCCUAUACUGGUCAUCGGUGACCCAGGCAAUCCCCAACCCGGGAUCUUUGUUAAAAGGGGUCGAGAGAUCAGUGGAUCUAUCCAGUCAUCUGAAUAUCGCACAACUCCCGUUGGAGCUGGAAAACCAAUCCGCGAGCGAAGCACAGCGGGCUAGAUACCAAGAACUACGGGAGCGUCUGACGGAUCUGGAUCGUUUACGGCAACAGCGACAACGGCGCCUAGAUCAAUUACGACAGUUGCAGCAAUUACUGGAGCCGUUCCGGGAACCGCAGAAAAACAUCCAGCCUAAUCUGGUGACGAGAGAUGGCGAGCUAGUCCAGGAGUUAGACAAGAUGAGGAUGCUGGUUGCGCGAGUUGGCGGUCGAGUCGAGCAGGGAAAGAAGAAACUGGGCGCUCAGGAGCAAGACAAGCCGUAUCUGGGGUGCGACCAGAAACUAGAUGCCUUAUUGGACAUGACGUGAUGACAAAUAAAGAGGAAGGGCCCGGCUAGAAUGACUUCAUGCAUUGAAUGGAAUGGAAGGAUGCCCGAAUACCUAAAUCGCAUGCCUUGCCUACAUUUAUGAGAGCGUUGCGCCUCCGUACAUAAUAACCUUUGAAGAUUGAGAGUGCGGCAUUGCCGGCAAAGAGGUUGCACAGAUGCAUGGCAACCAUUGCAGCUGGAUAAUCAAUCAGUAGAUCUCAAUUUUCUUGGACUCUUCGCCGCGGGUCUCCUUGGGCAGCUAUAAUUAGACGAUUUCCCAUGCAAUUACCGGAACUUUGAGAAGUUGCAAGGGGGGGACCAAGCGAUUGACUGCGGCUGCAACGAUCAUAGCAAGUGCCCGUGACAGACCAGAAGGAGGGAGAAGAACGAGAGCCAAACGGUUGUUUGGGACUACAGAGUAGUAGCAGCAGCAGCAGCAGCACUUGCUCUGUUCCUUCUCUUUCACUGGCUCCCCCAUUUUAAUUUCCUACCCAUCUAUCGAUU